UGCCUGGACGUGGUCACGUAGACGGCCGCCGCGGUGGACCAAAGUCAGAGUUCGCCUUCCUUCCCCGUCGCGUCCAGCGGAAAGAAAGAAUCCGGUCAUCCAACCGACGGCCUCCAUCCAAUUCGUCACGUGAAGAUGAGAUGAUCACCUCCUCACCUCGAUCGGCCGGCCUUCCAGCCACCUUCCAGUCCAUGCUGCUGUUAUAAUUAUAAAUACGUCACACACUGAAGCUCCUGGUUCUUCCAUCAGAACCGGAUCCCUCUCUUCUUCUUGCUCUAGCACUCUUCACUAAGUCUCCACGGUAGAUGGAGGGCGUCGAGGAGAUCGUCAUCGCCGGCGCCGGGCUCGCCGGCCUCGCCACGGCCCUGGGGCUGCACAGGAAAGGGGUGAGGUGCGUGGUGCUGGAGUCGUCGGCGACGCUGCGGGCGUCGGGGUACGCCUUCACCACAUGGACCAACGCCUUCCGCGCGCUGGAUGCGCUCGGUGUCGGGGACAAGAUCAGGGAGCACCAUCUCCUCUACGAGAGGCUGGUGGCCUUCUCUGCGUCCACGGGCGAGGCUGCCGCAAAAGUGAGCCUAAAGAUGCAGGGUAAAAGCGUGCCUCACGAGAUCCGGUGCGUGAAGCGCAACUUCCUGCUGGAGACGCUGGAGAACGAGCUGCCGGAGGGCACCAUCAGGUACUCCUCCAAGAUGGUCGCCAUUGAGAUCGAGGAAGAGGGCAACGUGAAGCUCCUGCACAUGGCCGACGGCUCCACCAUCAGAGCCAACGUUCUUGUGGGGUGUGACGGAGUGAACUCGGUGGUGGCGAGGUGGCUGGGCCUGCCCAAGCCCAUCCUCUCGGGGCGGUCCGCCACCAGGGGCCUCGCCGAGUACCCGGACGGCCACGGCUUCGGGCCGGAGAUGCUGCAGUUCAUCGGCCAGGGCUUCCGCUCCGGCGUGCUCCCCUGCUCCGACACCUCCGUGUACUGGAACUUCACCUGGUACCCGUCCCCGGCGGACGGGGACGCGGACGAGAGUGUGGCCAAGAUGCGGCGGCACGUGCUGGCCAGGCUGACGGCCGCCAAGAUCCCGGCGGAGGCGCUGGACGUGGUGGAGCGGAGCGAGAUGAGCGAGGUGGUGUCGUCGCCGCUGCGGUUCCGGUCGCCGCUGGCGCUGGUCCGGGGCAGCAUCUGCAGGGGCGGCGUGUGCGUGGCCGGCGACGCGUUCCACCCGAUGACCCCGGAGCUCGGCCAGGGCGGCUGCGCGGCGCUGGAGGACGGCGUCGUCCUCGCCCGGUGCCUCGGGGAGGCCUUCGCCGUCGGCGGGCACGGGAGCGCCGAGGCGGCCCUGGAGAAGUACGCCCAGGAGCGGAGGUGGCGCGCCGUCCGGCUGGUCACUGCCGCGUACGUUGUCGGCUUCGUGCAGCAGAGCAGCAACCCGGCGAUCAAGUUCCUCAGGGAGAAGUUCCUGUCGGGGUUGCUGGCCAGAGUGAUGGUCGACAUGGCCGACUACGACUGCGGGAAGCUCUAGUAGUUCUGCCAUUCCUUCCUUCACGACGGCAGAACAAGAACGACGAGAGAAAACGAAUCAGUUAAAACGGCAUCAAUCAAAUCGAUUGGAUGCCUGUAUUUCGACUUUUCGAGUUAAAUAAAGAAAAUAAUUUGAUACCUGAUAGGAUUAUUAGUCUACAAUAUGUAGAUGAUACCCUCUAUUUCAUGGAAAACAGUCAGAAAAUGGCAAUAAAAUGGAGGAAGCACGUAUAGCUUAAGGCAUGUAUAAUGGUUGAUAAGAUAGUCUUAUCUUAGGUCUUGCAUGUAAUUAAGAGAUGAUAAAAAAAAGAUGUCUACAAUGAA